CACCAAGAGAGAGCGAGAGAGAGACUGAGACUGAGACUGAGAGAGGGAGGGAGAAAUGGCUCAGAGGUAUCGCCGUGUGAAGGAAAUCUCAAGGGUUUUAGCACCCAUUCUUCAACCAGGUGAUUGUUAUCAGCAAUCUGGCAGAGCUCUAAAGUCAGUGGCUUUGUCUAUAAUGUGUAUGGCUUCAGGGCAGAAGCCAUUUCCUAAUGCUACUCAACUGAGAGGGUUUCAUGUACACAGGUUCUCAACAAUGGUUGACGUGUCACGCGAACCUGCCCCUAAAAUUGAUCUAUUGUCUUUCAUUAAAGCUUCACUGAAUGAGUUUGAAGGCACACAUCAUUAUUGGUUAAAUCAAUCUGGAAAAUGUAAACAAAUUUUUGAAGGUGAUGGAAUCUUUUUGGUUCUUGCUGCUAGGAAUUUUGAAUCUGGCAAUAUGUUUCAAAAACUGAAGAUGGUUCAGAAGAGGUUCCCUCAUAUUAAUAUCAUGGGUUUAAAAGUAAUUCACUCUUCUGCAGAACGAGUGCACCUAAUCCAGUUUCUUAUGACAGAAAAUAUCACAUUUCCUAUUUUGUUAUCUGAGCGGACAUUUCCUCAGAUCAUGAAAGGUUCGUGCUACAUAUUAUUUAAAAAUUUUAGGAGCCCUAUAAUUUAUCAUGAGAAGGACGUGGAUCUUGAAAUUCUAUGCCAAGCUGUUUCGGAGUUACAGAAGCAACAGAUUGAUGAUUCUAAGUUACGGAAGGUCUUGAAAUUCACAUCAUGGAAGCAAGAUGGGGUCACUAAGGAUCAAUAUAUUUAUUCUCCUCUACAGAAUUUACUUCUAUAUUACCCAGGUUGUGCCUCUGCAGAUGAAACUUCUAACCGCCUCUUCUUUUCUGAUUGCAAUCAUCAUAGGAUUAUUGUAUCGGAUGGCAAUGGAGAGAUUAUGGACUGUAUUGGCUCUUCCCCAGGAUUUGAGGAUGGAUAUUUUGAAUCUGCUAAACUAAGGCGUCCUGCAGGUUCUUAUUACCAUGCUUCUGAGGAUUGCUUAUAUUUUGUGGAUUCAGAGAACCAUGCUAUCAGGAAAGCUGACAUGGGAGCACGAACAGUGGAGACUCUCUUUCCUGCAAGCGUCACUAGCAAGGGAGGAGGCGUAUGGAAUUGGAUCAUGAAUAAGCUUGGUUUAGAAAGCAGUGAGGAGACCAAUGUCGAGGAAAGAUCUGAAGUAUUUGAUUCCAAAUCGUUAUAUUUCCCAUGGCAUCUUUUGAAAUCAGUUGAUGACACUCUCUACAUCAUAGACCGCAGGUUUCAGACUUUGUGGACCAUGGAUUUCAGUUCGGGGAAGAUAAAUGAAGUUUUGGAAGGUUCUAGAAUUCUUGAGAUCUGUGGACAGCCAAUCAUGAAAAAUUUAUCCAUCUUAGAUCAGAUUCCCUGUGAUUGGUUUCCAAAGAAACCUGAUAAUGGCAAUUUAUUGGAGGGCAUCCCACGUUCUGAUCUUUUAUCUUCACUGACAACUUUGCAGAAUCACAUUUUCAUUUGCGAUACAGUUGGACAGAGGAUUGUGAAGGUCAACGAAGAAUCUAAGGUCUGUGUAAACUUCCAGUUAUGUAAUUUGGGGAUACUUGGAUUACCUUAUUGGUUGAAUUCCCCUCUGGAAACAUAUUAUGCCGUUGGAAAUGGACUUUUGGGUACAGCAAUUGAUCAUAUACAGCAUUUUGAUUUUCUACCAGGCAAGAUCGACAUACAGUUGAGUGUGAAUGUUCCUUUGGAUAUUGAGCUUGUAGAACCAUUACAAGAAUCCUGUAUUUGGCGUCAAGCAAGAGGUGCAGCAACUGAAAUUUCUGGAAUGGAUGAUGUUCCAGGUUCCUUAGAAAAGGUUGGUGCUGCCCAGCAGUGGUACGAUGAACUGGAUUAUCUUGCCGCUCCAAAGCCUGAAUCUGAAAUGACUGUUGAUGUCGAUAAUCUGGAUAAAAAGUCAGUGGUAGAAGAUGAGGGAGUUCGCAUCAGCUGUGGUGUAUGUACUAGCCCUGGAACAAGUGAGGUUAUUGUUUACGCUGUAUUGUAUUGUAAACUUAGAAGAGACCCAAACUCAAAUGAUGGCAACCGGGUAAAACAUGCAGCAAGGAUACUUGACAUUUUGAGCUCUAAGAGAUCUGGGAAAAGAGAGAGAGAAUUAUGGAAUGAAUAUCUAUUGCAAUAUAAGGGUGAUUUGAGAGAUCUUGUAUUCAUGAAACCACUUCACAUCAGAAUUAGAUUGAAUACUCUUGAUCAUCCAAAGGCUGAAAAUGGAAGGGAUAUUAUCUUAACAGACUCCUCCAUUAAGGUGAACGUAUUACUCAAUUGACAGUAGGUUGUUGUAUUAUUUUUUGACUGCAUGAUAAAUGGGUUCAGUAACCUCUGUGCCAUUGCUAUGUACCAAGAGUACCAGCUGCAAAAUGGUUUAUAAGACAUUUUUUUCGUUUUAAAUUUGAUUUGAUGUGCCUAGGAUUUUUGUGUCAGGAUUAUAUUAUUGCAAUAAGGUACAGUAUUUGUUCCAA